AUGGCCACUCCUACAAGCCAAUUUGUGGAGAAAUUCACCCAGCGCCUAACUUCCAUUCUUGGUGACCCAACAUUGCGUAUUCUCUUGGAGAACCACCUUAACAGAUCCAUGGAUAGUAUCGAUAAGAUCAAUCCCGACUCUCUAGACAAACAUAUAGGAGCACUAUCCGAAAGAUCUGCUACAGAAAUGAUACAAAAGUUCCCCAGCAUGCUCCAGGAACGGAUACAGAGUCCCACAGUUCGGGAUGAACCAAAGCAGGAUGAAAAUGUGGCCCGUCGCACGGUAUCUAAGCACAUUACUGGAAAACCCUCUGGAGGCAAUGACACGAGGGACUUCGAUGACAGAGGCGCGCACGGAGUUUUUCGAACAAAAUCCCCCUUCGAUGGAUCUCAAGCCUCAACCUUGAUCCCUCAACGCCAGCACCCAUACCAGCGGCCGGAAAAUCAUUAUUCUCCGGACGAUCAACCAAACCAAGGUGUUGAUUUUUCUCACUCGUCUUUCAUUCCUGGGAGUCCAUCAGUGCAUCCAAAACUUGAGCCUAUCUCGGAAUUGGGAAGUAAGAACCCGGAAAGCGACCGCAACAAGGCAGUGCAGGUAAUAGGGGAUGGUUCCUCUAUCGUGAACUCAGCCGAACCAUAUUCUAAACAACAAGAGGGAACGGCAAGAGGGACAAAAAAUAGCUUCCCUAUAGCAUCCAGCAGCCAGGGGCAGUUUGUAUCUAACCCUACAAGAUCUUCGGCUACGGUUUGGGGAACUAAUAGUGGAGCACCUCUCUCGGAGACCAGACAUUCAAAUAUAUGUGAAGAGCCUCCUCUCAGUGGAACAUCCGAGUCCAAAUAUGCCGAACGGCCUCUCACCCCAGUCAGUGGAACAUCCGAAUCCAACUAUGAGGAACGGCCUCUCACUCCUCUUUCCGAUGAUUCAGAACGAAUAUAUGUGGAAGUAACCAAAUCUCCACAGAAAAGCCAAGAGUAUCUCUCAAGGACCAUAGAGACUACUCGGCUCACAGGGUUUUACGGCAAGGACCACCCUAGGGUACAGACUGUGGCAUUGAACGCAGCUGCCAGGGCGAACGAGAUCACAACCAAAUAUCACCUAACACCGAAAACCACUCUGGGAGUGAUUAAACUCGCUUUGUACAAUUUCGUUGUCCUUUGCGAUGACAGCACUUCAAUGCGACAAGAACAACGGAUACCAGCAUUGAAAACUACUCUUAAUCGUGUAGCGGAAAUAGCGACAAUGCUUGAGGAGACCGGCAUUUCUAUUCGGUUUCUGAAUUAUAACCGGGAUUCAAGGCUCGACGAUUUGAGGCACCCAGAUGCUAUAAUGCGAAAAGUCGAAAGUAUCCGAUUCAAGGGGAUCACGAGACUCGGAAAUGUAUUACAUGAAAAGAUCAUUGAACCUAUGAUCAUUGACAAGGCAACGCGGGGGACUUUUGAAGCCCCUUUGGUUGUGGUGAUUAUCACCGAUGGAGAGCCUAACCAUGAGGAUCGCGGAACGCUACGAAAUAUGAUUCGAGAAUGCAAACAGAAGUUAUCGAGCACAGAUUUCGGAGACGGCUCCGUCGUCUUCAUCAUUUCAAGAGUGGGCAGUAGUCCCGAGGCCAUGGAAUUUAUCGAGGAGCUUGAAAAUGGUCCUGGAGUGGAGCAGAUGGUCUAUUGUUCCAAAGACAGAUUGGACGAGAAGAUGGCAAUUCUGCAGCGAGCUGCUGGGAACUAUAUAGAAUACAGCAAAUUUUCCCAGGAUCUUCAGCGUGGAUUUGACACUGGAUCAGAAAGUAUUGCGAUACUGUCCCUCGUAGCUCCUUAUCGGUGUAAGGCACCUCCCACUGCAGGUUUAUCACCUAAAACUUGGGGGAGAGGGAAAUAG